GGGGGGAGGAGGGGUUGGGGGGUGGCGCGCGUGCGAAAUGGGCGACAACAGCAAGCCAGUGGAGACGAAGCGGAAAAAGAAGAAAGGGCGCCCCUCCCUCCUCGACCUCCAGAAGCGGAACCUCCGCCUCCAAAAGCUCCAAUCCCAAAACCCUAGCCCCGACCCCAAACCCGCCGCCGCCGCCGCCGCCAAUCCCCACCUCCGCUUCUCCGCCCCCUCCCGCCGCCCCACCCGCCGGAACCCUAACCCAGACCCCGCCGCCGAGGAGGAGGAGGAGGAGGACGAGGACGAGGACGAGGAGGAGGGGGAGGAUGGGGGUAGGAGAGAGAAGAAGCUCCGGUUCGUGCUCCGCCUCCCCCACCGGGGCCCCGAUUCCCCCUCCAACUCCGCCGAAUCCAGCGGCGGCGGGGCGAGGAAGCGCAGGAUCGGCGACAUCGGCGCCGAUCGGGACCAGAGAGGAGGACCAAAUUCUGCGUCGAAAGCGACGGAUGGGGUUCAAGGGCAAUGUGAUCCCGGGCCCACGACAUCUUUGCCGGACAAAAAGUUGUUGGUCUUCAUCCUGGAUAGGCUGCAGAAGAAAGACACCUAUGGCGUCUUCUCGGAGCCCGUUGAUCCUGAAGAGCUUCCGGACUACCAUGAUAUCAUCAAGCAUCCUAUGGAUUUUGCGACUAUACGGAAGAAGCUUGCGGACGGAGUUUACGCGAAUUUGGAGCAAUUUGAGAAUGAUGUUUUCUUAAUAAGCUCAAACGCGAUGCGCUACAAUUCUUCAGAUACAAUCUACUACCGCCAGGCACGAGCUAUCGAAGAGCUUGCAAAGAAGGACUUUGAGAAUUUAAGGCAAGAAAGUGAUGACAGUGAACCAGAACAGAAGCCGCGCAGAGGUAGGCCCCCAAUUAAGAACAUCAUCAGAAAGAAAGUCGGCAGGCCUCCUUCUGUUCGUCCGAGUUCUGAUCCUCCCUCUGAUGCAACACUUGCUAAUGCUGGUAACAAUGGACUUCGGUCUCACCUGGGAGAUGAUUUGUCGCGGAAAGGUCCCGACGCACCAAGAGCUGCUUAUGGUCUUCGCAACAUCGAAACUCGUAGUUGGCUUGGCGAGCAAAAAUCAGAUAGAAAUGAACAUUGUUCAGGUUCUACUAUGAAGGGAUUUGUAACUAAAUAUGGGAAGAAGCCAUUUUUGAUUGAUGAACUCCGUCGGAACACAUAUAUGCAACCCCAACAUUCCACUUCUAUACAUGUGCCACCCAUAAUAAAUACCUUUGAAGUGGAUAGGAAGCAGCUGGUACCAGUCGGGCUUCAAAUUCAGCACACUUAUGCCCACAGCUUGGUCCGAUUCGCUGCGAAGCUCGGGCCAAUCGGUUGGCAGAUCGCCGCCAAACGGAUCGAGCAAGUCCUUCCUCCCGGGACAAAGUUCGGCCCCGGGUGGGUGGGAGCGAACGAAGCACCGCAACAUUCACAUCUGCCUCUAGUUACUGCAUCUCCUCUGCAUUCUUCAAUUCCGCAAAAUAUCUCGCCUACUCCGUGCACCUCCACAGUUUCACCUGCAGAAUCCCCCUCCAAUAGCUCCGCAGUACAAGACCGUGUUUGUGAGACGAAUCUCCCUACGCCAUCUUUGGCAUCUAAUACCAAAGAUGACGAUAAAGCAGCGCAACCUACCAUAAAUGGUUUUAAUACCCCACUAGGGUUUACUAUGGCUUCUCAGAUUGGGAAAGUGGUUGAAUCCUCCAUGCCGCGGGGAAGUAUGGGGUUGGAACCGAGGAUGAUUCACGGCAACACAAUCUUGAGAAGCAACAGUACUCACAAUUAUCGUAUACCCGUAACCCAACACGAAGUGGAGAAAGCUAAAUUGGCCGGUUAUUCCGAUUAUUCAGGCGCUGAUCAGCAAGGAGUGUGGCGCGGCUUUCCGCAGCACUCUCAGAGAGGUUCUGAUGGACCCCCUGAUCUCAACGUUGGGUUCCAGUCGCCAGGAUCGCCGACUUCGAAGAGCGUGCUGGUGGAUCAGAAGCAACCUGACCUAGCAUUGCAAUUAUGAGGUGCAAUAUUAUUUGAUUUGUCGCCGAUUCGUUAGAGACUUAGGCUGAGGGCUUCAUGGUGUCGACGAAGCCUGAACGACGCAGAUGAGGGAUAUAUAGGGAUGCAGAGUUUUAACAAUUAGUUACAAAAUUAGCGCCGUGUUGUAAAAUGAAAGCAGCUGUUUUUUGUACAGAUUAAUUUAUAUUGAAAGCAAUUCACUAAAUGAAGCAGAAAUUAGCCGCCGUGAUUUCAAAA